AUGCAGCGGCAGUUCAGCUCCAUGCUGCAGCCCGGCGUCAACAAGUUCUCCCUGCGCAUGUUCGGGAGCCAGAAAGCGGUGGAAAAAGAACAAGAGCGCAUGAAAUCGGCGGGAAACUGGAUUAUUCACCCAUACAGCGACUUCAGGUUCUACUGGGACUUCACCAUGCUGAUGUUCAUGGUGGGCAACCUGAUCAUCAUCCCCGUGGGCAUCACCUUCUUCAAGGACGAGACCACCACGCCCUGGAUCAUCUUCAACGUGGUCUCCGACACCUUCUUCCUCAUGGACCUGCUGCUCAACUUCCGCACGGGCAUCGUGUUCGAGGACAACACAGAGAUCAUCCUGGACCCCGGCAGGAUCAAGCGGCGGUACCUGAGGAGCUGGUUCCUGGUGGACUUUGUGUCGUCCAUCCCUGUAGACUACAUCUUCCUGAUGGUGGAGAAGGGGCUGGACUCUGAGGUGUACAAGACGGCCCGGGCGCUCAGGAUCGUCCGCUUCACCAAGAUCCUCAGUCUGCUGCGCCUGCUGCGUCUCUCCAGGCUCAUACGCUACAUCCACCAAUGGGAGGAGAUCUUCCACAUGACCUAUGACCUGGCCAGUGCAGUGAUGCGGAUCUUUAACCUGAUUGGUAUGAUGUUGCUGCUGUGUCACUGGGACGGGUGUCUCCAGUUCCUGGUUCCCAUGCUGCAGGACUUCCCCCCAAACUGCUGGGUGUCCCUCAACAAGAUGGUGAAUGACUCCUGGAGUGAGCUCUACUCGUUCGCUCUCUUCAAGGCCAUGAGUCACAUGCUGUGUAUUGGUUACGGUCGCCAGGCCCCUGAGAGCGCUUCAGACAUCUGGCUGACCAUGCUCAGUAUGAUUGUGGGCGCCACCUGCUACGCUAUGUUCAUAGGACACGCCACCGCCCUCAUCCAAUCACUGGACUCCUCGCGACGACAGUACCAGGAGAAGUAUAAACAGGUAGAACAGUACAUGUCUUUCCACAAGCUGCCAGCAGACUUCCGCCAGAGGAUCCAUGACUACUAUGAGCAUCGCUACCAGGGCAAGAUGUUUGAUGAGGAGAGCAUCCUGGAGGAGCUGAACGAGCCCCUACGUCAGGAAAUUGUCAACUUCAACUGUCGUAAGCUGGUGGCGUCCAUGCCUCUGUUCGCCAACGCUGAUCCCAACUUUGUGACAGCCAUGUUGACCCAGCUGCGCUUCGAGGUGUUCCAGCCGGGGGAUUACAUGGUGCGGGAGGGCACAGUGGGCAGGAAGAUGUACUUCAUCCAACACGGUGUGGUCAGUGUCAUCACCAAGGCAACCACAGGGAUGAAGCUGAUGGACGGGUCAUACUUUGGAGAGAUCUGUCUGCUGACGCGGGGUCGUAGGACAGCCAGUGUGAGGGCAGACACCUACUGCCGUCUGUACUCGCUGUCUGUGGACAACUUCAACGAGGUUCUGGAGGAGCACCCCAUGAUGAGGCGAGCCUUCGAGACUGUCGCCAUCGACAGACUGGACCGCAUCGGUAAGAAGAACUCCCUCCUCCUCCACAAGGUCCAGCAUGACCUCCACUCUGGCGUCUUCAACACCCGAGAGAAUGAGAUGAUCCAGGAGAUCGUGAAGUACGACCGCGAGAUGGUGCAACAGAUUGAUCCCCCCCGACCUCGCUCCAUGUCCAUGACCCUGCCUCCCCCCUCGCACGCCAGCCCCUUCACCUCCCCGCCCGGCUCCCAGAUCCACAGCUCCGUGGUGGGCACCCUCCAGCAGGCUGUGGCCAUGAGCUUCAUCCCCCCCAUGGCAGGACCCCUGGGGGUGCCGGGGGGGGCUGGGGUGUUGGCCCUCCAGUCCCCCAGGGUGGUGAGGCGUUUCCAGGUGAUGCGGAGUCUGUCCUCCCUGGCCCACGGCCCCCAUCAGGCCACCCCACUCCAUGCCCUCUCUGGCCCCCCUGGCCCUAGCCCCCUAGUCACCCCGGCGUGGACCCUCCAGCAUGGGCCCCCCUUUGGCUCCCAGCUGUCCCUGGUCCACAUCUGCAGCCCCCCCCAGCAGAGUCAGGAUGGGCGUGCUCUCUCCGCCUCCCAGCCCUCCCUCCCUCACAACACGUUCCCCCCUGCGGCCCCCAGCCCCCCCGGGUCCACACAAGCCUCCUGCUCCUCCAUCGGCCCCCCUCACAUCCCCCCUGCGGACCCCAGCCCCCCCGGGUCCACACAAGCCUCCUGCUCCUCCAUCGGCCCCCCUCACAUCCCCCCUGCGGCCCCCAGCCCCCCCGGGUCCACACAAGCCUCCUGCUCCUCCAUCGGCCCCCCUCACAUCCCCCCUGGGCCCACUCGGCCGCAUGCUUCCACACACAGAAGAGGCCUCACCCACCAGGUGUCUCUGGGGGCCGGGCCACUGGCUCCCCUACCAAGCUUUCUACCAGGUCUGGGGGCUGGGGUGAGGGCAGGGGCAGCUGUGGAGGCCGGGGUGAGGGCAGGGGCAGGUGUGGAGGCCGGGGUGAGGGCAGGGGCAGGUGUGGAGGCCGGCACAGUAAUGGUUCCCAUAAGGCUCGACCAAUCAGGACAGCCCCAGAAGGACACUGCUGGAUCCCUGGCAGAGACAGGCCCCGCCCCAAGGCAGUCCAGGCUCUCCUCCAACCUGUGACCGCUGACCAAUCCGCUGAGGAGAAGGGUGUGGUCAAGGGUUCUCACUUCCUGGACUUGUACAGACUGGACAUCAGUAGUUGGAGGUUUUAUCCCCGCCUCCAGACAGAACAGGAAACAGAUAUCCCACAGCCCCGCCCCUCCUCCUAUCCCACAGCCCCGCCCCUCCUCCUUUUAUCAGCUUUUUGUUUAUUUGUUAAUCAACAGACUAACCCUUCAACAGACUGAGCUUAAACAUGUUGUUAUUUAAACUAGUGAAACUAGUUUUAUUACAGACAACAAAGUAGAAAACAAAAUUAAACUGUAAAAUAUUCUUCAGUUAUUAAAAGUUGUGACCAAGCUAGGUGGUUGCUUCUGAUCCCACUCUGUAGAUCUAUAGUGGUCUAGAGAUCUAUCACUCUGUAGAUCUAUAGUGGUCUAGAGAUCUAUCACUCUGUAGAUCUAGUGGUCUAGAGAUCUAUCACUCUGUAGAUCUAUAGUGGUCUAGAGAUCUAUCACUCUGUAGAUCUAUAGUGGUCUAGAGAUCUAUCACUCUGUAGAUCUAUAGUGGUCUAGAGAUCUAUCACUCUGUAGAUCUAGUGGUCUAGAGAUCUAUUACUCUGUAGAUCUAUAGUGGUCUAGAGAUCUAUCAUUCUGUAGAUCUAGUAGAGAUCUAUCAUUCUGUAAAUCUAGUGGUCUAGAGAUCUAUCAUUCUGUAAAUAUAGUGGUCUAGAGAUCUAUCAUUCUGUAGAUCUAGUGGUCUAGAGAUCUUGCACUCUGGGAUCUAUAGUGGUCUAGAGAUCUACUACUCUGGGAGUUAAAGUGAUAAUUUGAUCAAUAUUUGUGAUCUUGUGAUCUGAUUAUCUCCUGAAUAUGUAACGCACCCGCUCAAGCCCUCAAACAACAUAGUGUGUUUACUUUGUGAAUAGCUAAUUAUUCACUACAGACUGUAUUUCGGAAAUAUAGCUAUUAUUGAGACAAAACCCUCUAGACCAUGUCUAUACAAGAUAACUGUUUUGUGUUUGUGAAUAGCUAACUCAUUGUUUCAUGUAAAACAUAUCUAACAUGAUAUAUUACUGCCAAGACUGAAGUUAUAUUAUUCUUACAUACAUCAAGGUAUUCUUUGGUAAAACUGGAGAAAGAGGUGGAUUCAACAUUUCCCCAGUCAAAGGUCAAACUGAUCUUCCUGAUCUCAUCCAUAGAUAAUUCCUGCUUAAUCCAUCUAACCCUAACCCAUUGGCAUCUUCCCAGAUCCAGCUCAUCAUUUUAGGCUAUUUGAAAAUUCAAAACCAUCUAAAACCAUGAGAUGCAAAUGUGUCUGAACUGAUUCAACCUUCUUGGCUGUUGUCUGGCAGAUAUAUUGAUAUUGUUUAUUUGGGUUAGGGUGCCCGGCUCCAGUUUUGUCAGACAGAAAUCUGACCUGAACAGCUUCAGGACAAGGUCACUGUAGGAAGAGGGAGAGGGAGAAGGAGCGGUAGAUUGAGGAGGAGGGAGCAGCCCUGGAGAAACAAGACUGUGUAUGUAUCUAUAAUUGAGUCUCACUCAAUUAUACACAGUGUCUGCAGACACCUCUGUCCCUGCUUUUGUCUCUCACUUUCCCUCGGCACACAGACCAUACACACACACACACACAAACACUCACACACUCAGUGUCUAAAGAUAACUCCGACACACACACACACUGUGGCAUGUGUGUCUGGGCACUGCCGCUCCUCCACUGCAGGUUCCUGGGUCUACAGAGCUGCACAUUCGUGUGGCGGGUUAUGGGCAUAUCUUUAGACUCUGCAUGUGUGUGAGGUUAGAAAGUAUGGAUAGAUGAAUCUAUAGACACUGUUUGUGUGCACAUAUAUACAUGUACUUUUCUUCAGAAUCACCUUCCUUGGGUUCUCUUCAUUCAGUCUUGCAUUGGGUUAGGAACCCUAAACUCCAGCUCCAGAAUGUUCUGUCUGGAUGUGAUCUCAUCGAUAAGGGCUGUGCUGCCUGUCUGUCUGGCACCUGUCUGUCUGGCACCUUUCUGUCUGGCACCUGUCUGUCUGGCACCUGUCUGUCUGGCACCUGUCUGUCUGGCUCCUGUCUGUCUGGCACCUGUCUGCCUGGCACCUGUCUGUCUGGCACCUUUCUGUCUGGCACCUGUCUGUCUGGCACCUUUCUGUCUGCCACCUGUCUGUCUGGCACCUGUCUGUCUGGUACCUGUCUGUCUGGCACCUGUCUGUCUGGCACCUGUCUGUCUGGCACCUGUCUGUCUGGCACCUGUUCACCUGAAACACAUUCACUUCAUCUUAAAGGUUCAGUAUGGCUGGAUGAAACAUCAGGGAGUGUUAAGGGUUAAAAAUUAUUAGAUUAGAUUAGCAGAUCUUGUGAUUUAAAAAAAUAUAUUAAACCAACAGGGAAAGCCCUGUUAAAUUAAUAUAUUUAACUAUACUCUAGUAUGGUUACACAUUUUAUAGUUACAUAUACUAAUAAAUACUAAUUAGUAUCUAUUGAUACUAAUCUAUCUUGUUGUAUUUGACUGUAGUUAUGGUUCUGUUCUAGAACCGGUAGUUGUGUUUCUGUUCUAGAUUGGAAGCAGUAGUGUGGUAGAGGUGUCUGUUUACGUCGACUCAGAGAGAAGCGAUACAGCAGAGGGUUUUACCCAACAUGAUGUACAGGGGGCAUUUAAACAUGCAACCUCUUGAUCAGCAGUCAAAUGCAUUAAGCUACACCUAUCCUCACAAUCAAGCAUGACCACACAGACCUGGGGAUUCAUAUGAAGGAUGAGGUGCGUACAUUCCAUAUAUGAGAUAUAUAUAUAUAUAUACAUCCAUUACCAUGAGUCAUAUAUGAAGGAUGAGGUGCGUAUGUCCAUUACCAUGAGUCAUAUAUGAAGGAUGAGGUGCGUAUGUCCAUUACC